AUGGAAACCGGAAGAGUGGUGGUAGAGAAAGUAGGAGGGAAGUCAACCGUUACUUCCUCCUUCUCAAAGUACCCUCUUAAAUUCAUCAUUCCACUGAAGGUGGGUCCUUCUCAAACAGAUGUUGUAUGGAUUUACACCAUCACGUAUGGCGGAGGCAUUGUCUCUGGAGACUCUAUACUGUGUGAUAUUACAGUUGGUGAUGGUUGUACAACAGUUUUGACGACUCAGGCUUCAACAAAGGUUUACAAGUCUGUAGGCUCGAAGUGUUCUGAGCAAGUCUUGGAGGCAAGAGUUGGAAGCAAUUCCCUUUUGGCGGUGAUACCAGAUCCCGUGACAUGCUUUUCCACAGCAAAGUAUUGUCAAAAGCAAGUUUUUAGAGUCUCGUCUGACUCCAACUUGUUGGUUGUUGAUUGGAUAACUAGUGGUCGUCUUGGAAGAGGUGAAAAAUGGGAUUUCACCUUUUACAAGAGCACCAACCAUAUCUUCUCAGAAGCUGAUGAGCCUUUGUUUCUCGAUACAAUAUUGCUUGAACAAGAAAAAUCUAGUAGUGUUGCUGAGAGGAUGCAAGAAUAUCAAGUGAUUGCAAUGAUUGUACUUUUGGGGCCAAGGAUGAAGUUUGUUCAAAAUCAAAUUCAGGAAAAUGUAAAAAGUUUGAUGUCUCAGCAGCUACUUGCUCCUUUAAGUAGCUCUGGAAAUUACGGCAAUGUGCAUAAUGAUCAUUGCUUAGCUAAACCCAGCUUUAUUGUCUCCAGCAGUGUCUUUGGUCGAGAUGGGACAGGGGUUGUUGUUCGAAUUGCUGCUACCACAACUGAGGCAGUUUAUUGUUUUCUUCAAAGUCAGUUGUCUGGACUGGAGCCGUUACUCGGAGUGGAAGGGACUUCGGAGAACAGUGAACAAAGAGGUGAGGGCAGUCAUCAAGAAAGCGAUGGUGAGGAGGUCUUUCAGUUUGGAAGUAAUGACCUUGAAGAUGACAAUAACCAAGUUCUUACACUUGAAAACAGUGAUCUCGCGCAAACUACUGAAAAUUUGCUUGGGAUUGAAAGCAAUGAUUUCGUGAAUGAUAAUGAGCACUUGAUUGACUUCGAAAGAAAUGACCAUGAUCAUAACAGUGGCCAAAUUUCUGAGAUCGUCAGAGAUGGAGAUACAGUAGCGCAUAGCGGAAAUGUUCUUUCUACAGGAGAGGUUUAUCCUUCACCAAUGGUUGGGAUGGAAUUCAAAUCCUAUGAUGAUGCCUAUAAUUAUUACAAUAGCCAUGCCAAAGCACUUGGAUUUGCCAUCAGGGUAAAAUCUUCAUGGACAAAACGGAACAGCAAAGAGAAACGUGGUGCAGUUCUCUGUUGCAAUUGUGAAGGUUUCAAACCGGUGAAAGAAGCAAGCAACAGAAGAAAAGAAACAAGAACGGGGUGUCUAGCCAUGUUGAGAGUGAGGUUAUUGGAAUCAAGUAGAUGGAGGGUGGAUGAGGUUAAUCUUGAACAUAACCACUCGUUUGAUCCUGUGAAGGCACAAAACUCUAAAUCCCACAAGAAGAUGGAUUCAGGGACCAAAAGAAACUUAGAACCAUCUAAUGAUGUGGAAGUUCAGACAAUCAAGUUGUACCGUACUGUUGUUAAUGAUACAGUGGGAGAUGUUAGCCCUAAUGAAGGAGAUCUAAGCAAUCAUGUUGAUCAGCCAAGGCAUAUAAAGUUUCGGAAAGGUGAAGUUGAACAUAUCAAUAAAUUCGUUUGUAGAUUGCAGUUGACGAACCCGAACUUUUUCUAUGUUAUGGAUCUGAAUGACGAAGGGCACUUAAGAAAUGUAUUUUGGGUCGACUCCUGGUCCAGGUGUGCUUACACUUACUUCGGUGAUGUUGUAGUAAUUGAGACAGUAUGCCUGUCAGAAGAAUAUGAGAUUCGUCUUUUGGUCAUUACUGGUGUAAAUCACCAUGGCCAAUCUAUCUUGUUAGCUUGUGCUUUGCUUGUAGAUGAGUCUGUAGAGACUUACAUUUGGUUGUUGAGAGCAUGGCUUUCAUGUAUGUUGGGACGUCCUCCGCAGACAGUUAUAACAGACGGCGGCAAGGGCUUACAAAGUGCAAUAGCAGAGGUAUUCCCACGGGCUCACCAUCGCCUUUGUUUGCCCCUUGUAAUGCGAAGUAUUCUUGAGAAAUUAGGGGAAUUGGGAAGAUCAGAAGUCUUCCACACCAUACUUGCUAGAACAGUAAACAAUUCUCUGAAAGUUGAUGAAUUUGAAAGGGCCUGGGUGGAGAUGGUCCAGCACUUUGGACUCAACAACCAUGAGUGGCUUCAGAGUUUAUUUGAUGAAAGAGAACGAUGGGCUCCAGUAUACUCGAAAGAUACUUUUUUCGCUGGACUCCUUACUUUUCAGCCAGGAGAGCGUUUGAAUACUUUCUUCAAUGGUUAUGUGCAGAUUGACACGACCCUGAAGGAAUUUUUUGGUGUUUAUGAAUCAGUUUUGCAACAAAAGCGUCAGAAGGAAGCUCUUGAUGAUAUGGAAUCAAGAGAUUAUAGCCCCAUUUUGAGAACAAGGAGCAAUUAUGAGCUGCAGCUGGCAGAAGUGUACACAAAGGAAAUAUUUCUGAGGUUUCAAGGUGAGUUAGAACUGAUGUCCAACUGCUUCUGCUUGACACAAGUUCAUGCCAAUGGCCCAAUUAUCACAUACAUGAUCAAGGAGCGCGCUGCUGAUGGAGAUAUGAACAACUCAAGAAGCUUUGAAGUAAUUUACGACAAAUCAGGAAUAGAAGUUCGAUGCAUUUGCUGCUGCUUCAACUUCAGAGGUUAUCUGUGCAGGCAUGCUUUGAGCAUUCUUGCCUUCAGCGGCGUUGAUGAUAUCCCAAGCCAGUAUAUCCUGUCUCGGUGGAGAAAGGAUUUGAAACGCUGGUAUGCUCCUGAAAUCGGCUCCCACAGUGUUGAUAUUACAAACCCUCUUCAAUGGUUUGAUCACUUGUAUAGACGAGCCAUGCAAGUUGUUGAGGAAGGGAUCACAUCUCAAGAUCACUAUAUGGUUGCUUGGGAAGCGUUCAAGGAGUCUCUAAAUAAGGUUCGUCUUGUAGGAGACAAACAUGUCUUACAAUAA